AUGCCUAUUUCCAACACUUCUCCAACCAUGGCAAAGUGGCUCUCUGGAAAGAUAGAAUCAGUAACAAGGUGUAAGGAAGCUUUUUCUGUGCUGGUUUUUGCUGGCAUUGGCGGUUCUAUAGUUGAGCUAUUCAUGAAAUCUAUGGAGAGGGUUCUUUUUGCUGCAUUUACCUGCAUUCUGGCACUAGGAGGGUCAAUAGUAGGAACAAUUGCAGGAGGCAUCAAAGGACAAACCACAGAAGUUGGUUUUCUUGAUGGAGCUGGCAAAGGAGCAAUCACAGGAGCCAUUGCUGCCAUGGAAUUGUUAAAUGUUGCUGCUGUUGAUGAGCCAUUGUCCAAGGUUGCCCUUUUGAACAGUUUAUUAAAUGGAAAAGUUUUUAUGGAAUGGAUAUGUCCAGCUGUCGCACAAGUCUAUCAGUUGCAUAUUACCACACCAGAAAUAACUUAUGGAGAAGUAUCAGAUAUUUAUGAUAUCAAGGGAAUCACAGGGAUGCCCCAGAAUAUUAUUACGAAGCUUCCUUUUCAGCAAUUCAACCCUAGCAAAAUGUUGAAAUUGUACAAUAUGUCUUGCUGCUCAAUUUGCUUUCAGGAUUUUGAGGAAGGAGAGUUGGUGAGGAUCCUUCCAAAAUGUGGUCACCUUUUUCAUUUAGAAUGCAUAGAUAAGUGGCUAGUCCAACAAGGAUCUUGCCCGAUGUGCAGAACUUAUGUUCCUGACCACAUUCAUAAAUAG